AUGAGUAUCUUGUUGCUCCUGGUAGGUGGCGUUCUGUUCGCCGGUAUGGUUGUCUACUGGAGAAAUCAGUUUCAGAGAAACAGUGGUGAAAUGCCAUCAAAUUCAACUUCUCUUGCACUAGUAAGACCAUCCUCUUCUAUGGGGUCGACUAAGAACAAUACUGAUAAGGAUCUUACAGCCAAUAACAUCUCUCAGGAUAUCUUAAUUAACUUCCCACACUCCAUAGCCAUGCAGAAACGAAUAUUGGUAAACCUCGGAAUGGUGGAAUACAAGCUGGCUGAAUUGGAACAUUUCCUAGUUACCAAGGGUUUUAAAGGUGCAUUAGUUAACCGGAAAUCCACUGGCAUGCUUACUAAACGUAUUAACAAUGGAAGCAAUCAAUAA